CGCCGCUCUCAGCCAAUGGCGUUCGGCGGGGCGCCGCUCUCAGCCAAUGGCGCUCGGCGGGGCGCCGCAGGCGGGCGCGCACCCGGCGCGGCUGCGAGCGGCGGAGGCGGCAGCGGGCAGCGCCGGGCUCUCCUCCUGCCAGCGCCGGCCCCGCGCGCCGCCAGCAUGGACUCGGACUCCGCGGAGCUCAGCGAAGGCGAGCUGGUCUCGCCCGCAGGUCCCGAUUAUUUCAGCUCCAAGAAUCUUGCACUGCAAGCCCAGAAAAAGAUCCUGAGUAAAAUGGCAACCAAAACCAUGGCUAACAUGCUAAUCGAUGACACAAGCAGCGAAAUCUUCGACGAGCUGUACAAAGUAACAAAGGAGCACACCAGAAACAAAAAGGAAGCCCAUAAAAUCAUGAAAGACCUGAUCAAAGUGGCCAUAAAAAUCGGCAUCCUCUAUCGAAACAACCAGUUCAACCAGGAAGAGCUGGAGAUCGUAGACAAGUUCAGGAAGAAGCUGAACCAAACUGCCAUGACAAUCGUCAGCUUCUACGAGGUGGAGUACACCUUUGACAGGAACGUGCUGGCAGAACUGCUGAACGAGUGCAAAGAGCUCGUGCACGAACUCGUAGGGCGGCACCUGACGGCGCGCUCCCACGGGCGCAUCAACCACGUCUUCAACCACUUUGCGGACGUGGAGUUUCUGUCUGCCCUCUACAGCCUGGACGGGGACUGCCGGCCCUACCUCAAAAAGAUCUGCAACGGCAUCAACAAACUGCUCGACGAGAAGGUUCUCUGAAACUGCGCUCGAAGGCAAGAAAACAACCAAAAACUUCUCUCUAGAACUGGCCACCCUUCCUAAGCCAUGGUAGGCAAGCAAGCUUCCUUCCCAUCAGUCUUACUACAACCCCCUGCAGGGCCCAGAAGGUGCUCACCAGGCUCGUGAUGAAGUGGAAACCUUAAAUCAGAAAGCUAUUGAUUUUAAUGCUCUGUUCAGAUAAUUCAGUCUUUCUCAAGGAGCAGAGUGAACAAGGCUGCUGGUAUCUAUUGUUCAGACACAGAUUGCUAUUCACCAUGAUCUCGCUAGCUUUGUGUUCAAGGCUGAACAUGUGAACAGAAAGUAAACUCAGAUGCAUGGCUAUGUAAAAAUAGACAGAUGAAGGCAAGAGCAAUACAUGGAAUUUACCCCCAAGGCCCUUGGUGCAUAUAUUUUUAUUAUUUCCAUGCUAACUGAAAAGGCUUUGACAGAAAGUAGGGCUGUAAUGGAUUAAGUUCACUCCUUUCAAAAGGAUCAGGAAUCAAUGUGAGAAAAUAUCUCUGAUUUUACAUGGUAUAUAAACCUAAUAAGAGAGUAACAAAUCAUACAAGCAGGAGAAAAUUGAAAUAACCAUUCUGUGAAGCAACAGUUUCAUCAGUUUAGUUUUAUACCUGCUAACAACAGAGAGGAGAUUUUAAUUUGACAGGCAGCUCAGUGGUUCAAACUCAAAGGCAGAUAAAGUAGUACAGCAGCUCUCCUGCUCUCAGGGCUUGUCUAUUGGGUAACAGCAGGUGAGUUCAGACUGAAGGUUGUGCUGCUCUUACUGUUCUGCCUGACAGAACAAAAUACUCUUUGUGAAGAUUUUGAAAUUUCCCUUGGGAGGAGCAGCACACCUGAGACACCAACAUUUACAUCCCUGAUCCUCAAAAUAUUCAGCCUAGAUAAUACUCUUGGUUUAAUGUACCCAUGACAUUUGUGCCUACAGUAAAUCAGAGGUGGGGUACAAAGGAACCCCAUCCACUAUUCGUGCAGUGCCUCCAAGUGUAGCAUAUCCACAGCUGUCAAAACAGAACAGCCUUAGUGACUCUGGUGAGUUUCUCGAGUGAGUUUUCAGAAUGUUUUCAGUGAAUUUUCUGUGGUUUUUUGAAACAAGAUAUAGCGAUGUCUUCAAACUGAAAACAUUUUGCCAAGAAAGAGUGGGUUUUGUGCAGUCGUGGUUGGACACAGGGAGUGUGGAGCAGAGCGGAUGCUCUGGCUGCCACUUGCAGAACCUGGCUAGGUGGAGACUGAUCCAGAGUGAAAAACACAUGUUCAGAAAUCUCUCCUCUCCUUGUCCUCUCCAUCUGAUCCUCCAGACUCAUCCCUAUCUCCUGACACUGCAGUAUCAGGAGCCCUCUCCUUUCAGCAGACACAGAGAGCAGACAGUGCCAUCAUCUGGGGGUAAUACCUUCCAAUAUAUCUUCUAUACUAUAAUAGAGAGAUGCACAUAUCUGAAAGUUCACAAAGACAAGAAAAUAUAUUUGAAAGCCAUUCCUCUCUAAGGGAAGCUUACAGGUUGAACACUCAUUACUUUAGAAAAAAAAAAAGUCUCUCAUUUAAAUAAAUUCUUGAAUACUGUGGUAUUAAGAGAAAACUGUUCAAAAUUCUUAUUAUCCUUCUGCCUUUCCUCACCCCAGAAUAACUAUAUUUUAUCUCUUGCAACAACAGUUUUUACUGUCAUACCUUUAUACAGUUGAGAAUACACACACCCAGGUCAUAUACUUGGGUUGUCCUAGAUGGAUUUUUACCUGCUCCCAGCAGAACUCAUUUGAAGCACAGUAAAAAUGAAAGACAUUGGCAGAACAGUUUUUAAAGGUGUAAAUUUCCCCCCCGUAUUUCCUUUGACCAUUAAAAGUAGAUUUAGUGGCAAUGAAGAUGGACAACUCCUUUGCAACACAGAAAUGAAACAGCAACAUUUGGGGUUGCAAGUUCAGCCAUUGCAGAGCCAUAUUUACAUGCAUCCUUACUUGCAUUUCUUCCAGGCAUGUACUUGUCAACUGAUGCUUUUGAACUGUAUUUCUUGUAUCCAAUGCUCCUGUCCCAGUGCACAUGUCAGAUUUUGUGUGUUUCAUUUGUGGCAAACAAAUUUAAGUUCUUCUUUUAAGGCCAGAAAAAGAUUAUUCAACAUUCAAGAUGUCUAAAGGAAAGGGAUAUCCUGUAUUUGUGACUUUUUGUGUGUUUCAAGUAUCAAUAUUCAGAUUCUGGUAUUUUAAACACACCAGUUGAACAUCUGUUGUUUUAUUUAAAAAUAAUCUGAGUAGCCUUAAGGAAAGAUAUGUUUUCAAGUAUUUCUCAUACUUGCAUAUCCUGUAUAUUCAUUGUUUACUUUUGUACUUGUAGCUUGGUAUGUAAAAACAUUGCUAAAAUACGGGCAAUGUUCAGGUCACCUUAAAUAUAUUAUGUAUUAUCACAUUUGUGGAUUAAAAAUGUGUGAUUACUGCC